GUGUUUCGCGAGUGUAAAGAGUUUUCAAUAAUAUAUCUUAAUACCCUCAGGGCUCGUUCGAAAUAAACUUUGAUGCUAGUGCAAAGGCUAUUGUUCUCUCGAUUAUCUCGACGGUGUGCUCUUUGCUUGCGAUUCAGCAGUGCAGCUAAACAAACGCGAAACGACGUAGUCCCUCUGUCAACUCUGAAGCCAGAUGAGCUCGGACAUUCGAUUCUUUUAUGCAAGGACACGAUGCCUCCAGGCUCGCCAAAAAGCCCGCAUGAUGUGGUUGCCACUGGCGUUUUUAUUACAAAGGUUUUGUCACUCUCUUCAUCAGUGGCGGGUGUAAUUAUGGUUCCCAUUUUGAACACGUAUCUUUGGGAUGCGGCAGCUGAAAGGCCAGCAAUGAUGAUGUUCACUAUAAUGGCCAACACUCUUCUGGUGCUGCUAUCAUUCACUCCGCUAUUGUUGCACUUUUUGGUGAAACGCUUUCCUAUCAACAUCUACUACAACCACGAUACUAAGACAUUCACAUCUGUGCAUUACAAUUUUUUCCUGAGGAAAAUGGCCAGACAGUUCAAAGCAAGCGAUGUAGUAGACGCUCAAGUCGCUCCAGAAAUGAAUAAGGUAUGGAUUCCACUAGCGACAGCAUUCGUCCACAACAAACCCUUGCUAAUCUCAUUGGAUAGGAACGCUUACGUUGACAAAUUAGCUUUCGAUGAGAUGACGAAAAAUAUAAAUAUCCCGCCCAACUCUGACUGAUAGUUGAGUACCUCUCAUUCACGGGUGCCAUGGCGACAUCAAACAAAGAUAGUAACUUUAUUGGAGCAAGCAUCGCUUAUUUUAUGCAGUUUAGGAACUAGAUCAUUUUAUGGAGUAGUCACAUGUUUGAAAAUUUGCCAUGUUCUCAUGCUUCUCAGGUUUAUCAUACAUUGUAUGGUUGAUGUUGCAACGUCUUUUGACUUUUAAGAAGAUGUAUUAUAUGUUUGCUGUCUGGCCUUGUAAGAUGUACAGUACCUUUCUGCGAGAUUUUCGAGGAAAUAUUUCAACUUGUCAUG